ACUUGGAUGAAAAUGGGCAUGACAGCAGAUGGAAGAAUUAGUCAGUUGUAUUAUAAUGGUGUUACUUCGUUUAUUCAAUUUGCAAGAGCGGUUAUUGAUGCACAAGGCUAUAUUCCGUGUCCGUGUCUAAAGUGUGUAAACUUUUACCGGAAAAGUCCAGAAGUUGUGCGAAUUCAUUUGAUUCAACAUGGGAUUAUGCAAAGUUACACUAUCUGGCAUGAGCAUGGAGAACCCCGUGAAUUAGAUGAUGUUCGGCAUCAUGAAAUGAGAGAUGGUGAUCUAGGUGGUAUGGAUGCUUUGGUGGAAGAUCGAAUAAGAGGGGAACCAAUAGAUGCGACCCAACAUGAGGAAGUGCAGAACUUUGAUAAACUUUUGAAUGAUUCCCAGCGCGAGAUAUACCCAGAAAUGUCUAGAGGAGAAAAAGUGUCUACCAAAAAAAAACAAGGAAAAGUAAUGCUCCAGCCUAAUUUUCUAGCAACUCAUUACAAAACACAUUAUGAGAGGAUAAGAGAUGAGAAAGUAAAGAGGAACAAUGAGGUAUUGGAAUCUCUUGGGGUUAUGAAAAUUGCAACAUCUAUGAUGGGAUCAGCUCGGCACCAGUGUGCUAAUGAUAAUGGGAAGCGUGGUAGGGCUGAUCAGGUGGACGACCCUGACUAUAUGCUAUCAAAUGAUGAGGAUGGUCAUGGCUAUAACAGUGAGUCUAAUGACUCUUUCGAGCAAGAGGACAUAGAGACACCACCAGGUGGUCUACCAGCACAAUCACAUACAGAGCCACAAUGUGGUGCAACUCUGAUCUCCGAGAGGGUCACCCGAUCAACACCUCAUCCCAGCAUGGAAAGCCAAGCCUCACUGCCUCCCAUUGCUCAGCCACAAAAUGACGUGCUACCUGAGAACAAUGGCGAAAUUAAUAGACCUACCCGUGGACCUACGCGAGGCAUUGAAGCUCAGGGACUCAUUGACAAACAAGGAAAGCUUCCAGUUCCCAUUCCACAACUAUUUCGUGCGCCGGUAGGAAAGCAUGCUGCUCAAUUGGCCUCAAGGAUUGGUGUCGAGGUUCGCACACAUGUGAUAGACGUUGGCGUCCCUAGGUGGAAGGCAGUAGAUGAGAGUGUUAAAGCACCUAUACUUCAGCGCAUAAUGGAUAAGUUUGACUUGCAAGGAGAUCCAAUCGAUGUUGAAAAGGCAGUGGCAACACAAUGUGGACGGAGGUUGAGCAAUCACAACUUCGUUUUGCACAAAAAGUACAAGAAACUUAAAGAAACAAGGGGGGAAGAGUAUGCUAGAAACAACCCACCAGCUGGUGUCAAUCCAGAGCAGUGGACGAGCUUAGUCACUAAGAAGUGGACAGUUCCAAAAUGGCUGGUAAUCUUGUUCACCAUAGAAAUAGUCAUGGUUCUUGUUAUAGCAUCCUAAUCUUGGAUUUUAUUGAAAAACCAUAUCCUAAACUUGAAACCCUUAUAGU